AUGGGAUGCAUAUAAUUAAGAAAUCGAAUAUUCCCUGGAGAUCUGACUGGCUAGCUUGCUAGAGUAAAUGAGGACUAUGAUAUUAAUGCAGCUUUAGAUGUUGCCUUGAAAAAUAACAAAAAAGCGAAAAUCGCACACGUUGAGUUAAUUCCAUCCUGCAAGAAUCUCCCUAAUCUCGAUACUUUUUCAUCUGUUAACCCAGUUGCUAUUUUGUACAUAUGUAAACUUAGUGCUUAAAGAGCCCAAAAGCAAAGUUAAUUACAAAAAGAAGAGGAAGAGUACCUUGAAUUUGAUUGGGAAGAAAAAGCCAGAACUGAAAUACGUAGAAGUGAUCCCAAUCCUAUAUUCAUAAACUCUUUUACUUUUCAAGCAAUCAACAAUGAGAAACUCAUUGUAAAAGUUUCAAUUUUUCACGUCAAGGAUUUUUCACCAGAAGCUCCUCUUAGCAAGCAUAAACUCCUUGGAGAACAGAUUUUCAAAAUGGCUGAGAUUAUAAAGCAAGGUGCGUUUUGUACCAAGCCUCUAACAAAUGAUAAGAAGCAAUAGCUCGAUGUGAUUAUGAAGCAAAGAAGAACCACAGUUACUCUUAGAUAUGAAGAAAUUGAGUAAACUAAUGGAAUGGUCUAGUUAGGAUUAGCUAUCAGAGAUUUCACCCAAAGAGGUAUCUUUUUCUUUGUUAUAUCCAGAUCGAGAGAUCUUGGAGAGUUUGUCCCACUAUACACUAGCGAGAAAUAAAAAUGCGAUCGUAUAUCUGGUGCUACAUUUGAUGAGCAUGAUUUUAUGAUGCGUGAUUUGUGUCGAAAUGAUGAUUCCAGAUAACUGAAGAUAGAAUUCUAUGAAUCAAAUAAGAAGGGGCACCAUAGAUUUCUAGGUUAUGUUGAUUUAUCAAUCAAAGAUAUUGCUUAAGAGAACAAAAGGAUUUAUACUGUGUUUAACAAAAAGGUUGUUGCUGGUUAAAUGGAGAUAACAAAGUGCCUUUUUCUCAAUAGAUAUACAUUCUUAGACUAUAUUCAUGGUGGCUGUGAUGUGUCUCUCAUGCUAGCGAUGGACUUUACCUUGACUAAUAAGAGUUAAAAAGACCCUUUAUCUCUUCAUUACCUUCACCCAGAUUUAAUAGAAACUAAAUAGCCUUAAUUAAACAAAAACGCGAGUAGUCCUGAUAAAAAUCAGAUGAAUGGAGGGUCACCUGUUCUUGGAUUAUCAAAUCAAAGAAAAAACAGCAUUUCAAAAUAGCAGGCUAGAGGACUAAACCAGCAUAUUGAUGUUGAGGAGUUGGAAAAUGAUUAUAUGAAGGCCAUGAGGAUGGCAAUCACCGUUCUAGACUACUUCGAUACUGAUUCUUAUGUGCCUUUUUUAGGUUUUGGGGCAAAGUUGCCUCCAUAUUUUAAUACUGCCUCUCAAUGCUUCGCUGUGAAUGGGAAUGUAUUUUUCCCUGAAGAAAUAGGAAUUGAUAAUCUUACUAAAGCCUAUAUGAAAUGUGUUAACGACAUAUAAUUUCAUGGCCCAUCUGCCUUUGCACCUGUAAUAAGAUUUUGCUCAAAAAUGGCAUCAUAUAAGCCAGUUUCUUAAAAUGACUAGUUUUAUCAUAUUUUGGUAAUGAUAGUACAAGGACAUUUAAGUGAUAUGGAAGCCACUAUAGAGGCAAUAGUAGCAGCAUCAGAUAUUCCAAUGAGUAUCAUCAUAAUAGCAGUAGGUGAUGGUGAGGGGGAAAAUGGAGAGUUUAUUAACUUGCAAGCACUUGAUGCAGAUGACAAAGCUUUAGUAGAUAUUAAUGGUAAAAAACAAUGGAGAGAUGUCUGUUAGUUUGUGCCUUUUUCAAAUUUCAAAAAUGAUAUCCAGAAUCUUACUAGAUAAAUUCUUGCUGAAGUACCCAGAUAGAUAAAGGAUUUUUUUGAGAAGAAAGGUAUUGUUCCAAGAGAUCAUAAAUCUGCAAAUAACAAGUAACUGAAUAGAGAUUUCGAGUUACUCAAGAGGAAAAGAAGAUUUGAAAAAGUUAGAAUCGAAUGCCCUUAUCUAACUGAAAUGAGAUUAAAGUUUAUCUAGGAAAUCAAUGAUUUGGGAUUUCCAAAAGAUGAGAUUGAAAUGAUUAUCGGUAAAGGUCUUCAUUCCUUAGAUCGCAAUAUUGCUGUUGAUUAAUUGAGUUGGUUGAAAACUAAUCCAGAUAUUUUGAAAGACGAACUUGAGAGAAAGCGAAAAAUUUAGGAGUAAAAGUAAAAAGAAGAGGAUGAAAGAAAGAGGUAGAGAGAUUUGCUAAAUAAGUUUGAUGAUGAGAGAGAUUUCUUUAAGUAUAAUUUGCCCCUCUUAGCCCCAAAGGAGUUUAGACCUUUGAAGAAGCAUAAACAACUUUGUAAAAUCUGUUAUGACCACAAGAUUAACACAGCUAUUAUACCCUGUACUCAUAGUUUGUUCUGUGUAGAGUGCACAUAAUAUCUUGAAAAGACCUGUCCUUAUUGUGGAAAGAAGAUUGAUAAGGUAGUAAGAACAUUUGAUUUGAGAAACUUUACUAAAAACAUCAGGUAACUUUGA